AUGGCUUACGGGUUACGUAAAGUAGUGGAAAAAUCUCCUUGUGGAAGGUAUAUCAGAUACAAUGAGAUGUUGGGUAGUGGGGCUUCCAAAGAGGUGUACAUUGGGUACGAUCGUCUUGACAAAAUUAAAAUUGCGUGGAACAAAAUAGUAUUUUUGAGAGAAGAUGAAGCAUCAAAAAUCCCUGAAAAAUUGUUCGUUGAAGCUCUUUUGUUGAAGUCGUUAAAUAGUGAAAAGGUUAUGAAGUGUUUCUCUUGUUGGCUUAAUUCCAGUGCCAAAGAACUUAACAUGAUCACAGAACUAUUCCCGGCGGGUAGCUUGAAAAAGUAUAUGUCCAAGUUUGAUAAGGAUAUGACGAGUAUCGGGAAUUGGAGCAGGCAAAUUCUUGAAGGUUUGAGCUUUCUACACAGCCAGAGCCCUAAGAUCGUCCAUCGAGACAUCAAGUGCGACAAUGUGUUCGUCGAUAAUAGCGGGAGGCGCGUUAUCCUUGGAGAUUUUGGUUUGGCGGUUCGUGUUAUGGAGGGUAAUUUGGUGAUAGAGAAAGAGCCUAAGGGCACCCCGGCAUUCAUGGCUCCUGAGUGCUACGACGGAGAACACAACGAGCUGGUGGAUAUGUAUUCGUUUGGGAUGUGUCUUCUUGAAAUGGUUACGGGUGAAUAUCCGUAUAUGGAAUGCAGCAGUGGGAUCCAGAUAUUUAAGAAAGUGUACACCGGUGUAAAGCCUGCAUCACUCGAUAAGGUGAAGGACUCCAAAGUGAAAGGUAUAAUUGAGAGGUGUCUUCUUCCCAUGUCUCUCAGGCCAUCUGCGGAAGAGUUGCUUAAAGACCCCUUCUUCUCAUACAACGGUGGAUCAUCAACAUUGGAGGCUUGUGCUUCCCCUGCCAAUGAUGUGGCACGCGCGGCAGAUGACAUGGCUGUGGCAACUGAUGUGGCAACUGACAUGGGAGAGUUACGUAAAGUUGUGGAGAAAUCUCCAUGUGGUAGGUAUAUUAGAUACAAUGACAUGUUGGGUAGAGGGGCUUCCAAAGAAGUGUACAUUGGUUACGAUCAAGUUGACAAAAUUAAAAUUGCGUGGAAAAAAAUCGAUUUUUUGGGAGAAGAUGAAGCAUCAAAAAUCCCUGAAAAAUUGUUCGAUGAAGCUCUUCUGUUAAAGUCGUUAGAUCAUCAAAAGGUUAUGAAGUGUUUCUAUUAUUGGUUUGAUUCCAACUCCAAAGUUCUUAACAUGGUCACAGAACUAUUCCCCGCAGCCAGAGCCCUAAGAUCUUCCAUCGAGACAUCAAGUGCGACAAUGAGUUCGUCGAUAAUAGUGGGAGGUGCGUUACUCUUGGAGAUUUUGGAUUGGCAGUUGUCUUAUGGAGGGUAA